CUUAUGCCUUUCUAGAAGGUUACAUAUUUACAAGAGUAUACAAGGCAGUGUACACAGUAUAAGUAUACACAUCACACGACACAGUCUGCCAGACACACACUAUACAGGGAUACACUAUAAAGUGGCAACUGAGAACAAAAAGAGUUUCUUUAACCAAGUAAUUUAAACGCAGACUUGUAUGUACUAUUGGGAUAUUCCGCUCAUUAACUUCUAUAAACACAAUGACCUCGGUGGUGAAAGAGGGGAAGGACUUUAUACAACAGGCCGAGAAAUGCCUCAAGAGCGGUUUCUUCAAGAAGCCUGAUCCGCAAUCUGCGGUGGGGUUAUAUGAGAAGGCUGCGCUGAGUUUCAAGAAAGCGCGAGCGUACAGAGCAGCAAUGGAGACAUAUCUCAAAGUAGCAGACAUGCACCAACAGCUGGACAAUGGUUUCCACUCUGCCAGAGCACUGGAAAGCGCAGCCAUGAUGGCCAAGGACCACAAGCAGUAUGCCGAAGCCGCAGGCUACUUCAGCCAGGCAGGUAUCAGAUAUAGAGAAUUCGGGUCCAAUGAUACAGCAGGCUUGACACUCGAAAAGGGCGCCAAAUUCAUAGAGAAAGUAGAACCCGACCGUGCAAUAGAUAUGUACGUGGAUGCGGCCGACUUGUACAACGAUGAGGAGAAAUACGCACAAUGCGGCGAGUGCUACAGGAAAGCGGCCAUGCUGCACCUGCAGAAUCAAAAAUUUGCCGAGGCAAUCAAGUUGUUGGAUCUACAGGCCAACGCAUUCACGAGCGCUGAUGUGAUGGAGAAAGUGUACCAAGUAUAUCUGUCAAUCGUUAUCGUUUACUUGCGCAUGGGUGAUCUGGUUGCUGCCAAUGAGAAGGCCGAUACCUGGGUCAUGAAAUCUGGGUGGUCAAAUUCUGACGAUGGACGUCUUGCGGAUCACGUAAUACAAGCAUACGAUGAAGGAGACCAAGAACUGAUGGAGGCGACUGUCAAGAAGCAACGUUUUGGUUACCUUGACAACGAGGUGGCAAAGAUUGCGCGGGGCCUGCGCGUGCCUGGAGCUGGUAUGAAGAAGAAGAAGUCGGCUGUGGACACCCCAACACCCGCGAGCGAAAAAGAGAAUGCGAGAGCUGCAGAUAUAUCACCAACGGAAACCACGGCCGAAGGGCUACCAUCCGAUGCGGCAGCUGCGCAAGCGCCUAUCCAUGCAGACCAGCAAGCAAGCAAUAUCACCCCACAGCCCGCAGAAGCGUACGAAGACGAGGACGAAGACGAGGAGGGAGGGCUGUGCUGAUAUGUUGUGGACAAGCAGCCAGAGACAUGUGCGGCUGCCUAUGAUCAGUUGCUGCUGCAACAAGCGAGUCUUUACUUCGUGAAGCAGUUCUGUACCUCUGUGUCUCCGUAAAAUACAUGCAACAUUUAGAUAAUCCAAUAGAACACAUGCAAACAGAUUUAAAUGUCAGUAGCACUGCAACAGACAUGUGUUACAGUGCAAGUCAGUUGUGAAUUAUAGAGGGUGGCUAGCUGUGAGUUAUAGAGGGUGACUAAUUGUGAAUUAUCGAGGGUGGAAUUAGCCAAUGCAACAUGAAGUAGUUUGUUGUUGCCAAUCGCAGCGCACCCAUGCAGAGAAUACUCGGGGGAGAAUCAGUGGAAUUAGAAAUCGCACGGAAUUCUUGCUGCACCCUAUUCCAUACCAGCCCCAUGGCUUCACGGCCCAGUGGUUCGGUCUAAACCCCUGCAGGAUCCAAUUAAAGUACAGAUCAGAGCAAAAG